CUCUCUUUUAUAUUUUCCACUCCCCAUCUCUAGACCCUUCUUCCUCUCGAACCCUCCAGAUUUCCUCUUUCUUAAAUUCACCUAAAUCCUAUAUCACCGUAACCUCUGCAAACACCGGGAGAGACUAAAUCCCACAAAAUGGCACGAUUGGGAGAGGGAGACAAGCGAUGGAUCGUGGAGGACCGUCCCGACGGCGCCAAUGUCCACAACUGGCACUGGGCGGAGACGGACUGCCUUGAAUGGUCAAGAAAUUACCUAACUAACGUUCUCUGCAACAAACCUAUACUCGAUGGCGAGGGCAAUUUCUAUAUCCGUAUCAAGGAGCUUGCAAAACUCGAGGGCGAGGCCUAUGUCAAUGUCAGAAAGGGUAAAAUCAUUCCUGGAUACGAGCUCCAUUUGGUUAUUUCUUAUGAGGCAGAGGCAAAGGAUUCUGAUGGCAGUUCCGUAUUACGUACUGAGGGAUCUGUUGAAGUGCCGUAUAUUUCCGAUGAGAAUGCUGGGGAGGAUCCGGAGAUUAAAAUUUCGAUUAAGGACGAUGGGCCGAUUGGGAAACGAUUGAAAGAAGAAUUUGUCGCAAAGGGUAAGCCGUUUGUGUUCGAGAAAAUUAGGGAGUAUGUUGAUGCAAUGGCGAAAGGCGGGCCUGCAAAGGAUGAUUUGGAGGUCAAGAAAGUCGCCCCUAAGAAAUCCCCGGCGAGGAAUAGUAAUAGAACUGUGGAAAAUAAUUCUGUGAGCAGUACGAGUACUAAGAAGGUAAAGCGGAAAGAAGGGUAUAAGACGAUUAUAAUGAGUGAGAAGUUUAGCUGUAGGGCGAGGGAUUUGUAUGAGAUAUUAAUGGAUGAGAAUAGGUGGAAGGGGUUUACACAGAGCAAUGCGCGGAUAAGUAAGGAGGUCGGAGGGGAAUUCAAUAUUUUUGACGGGUCAGUUUCGGGGGUCAAUGUCGAGCUGCAGGAAGGCAAGUUGAUUGUUCAGAAAUGGCGGUUUGGGAGCUGGCCUGAUGGCAUAAUGUCCACGGUCCGUCUUACUUUCGAUGAGCCUGAAUCUGGGGUAACAGUUGUCCAUCUCUCACAUACUGAUGUUCCAGAGGAAGACAGGUAUGGAAAUGCUACUGUUGUCGAAAAUACCGAGCGGGGAUGGCGCGAUCUUAUUUUUCACAAGAUCCGGGCUGUCUUUGGUUUUGGAAUAUGAUUUUUCUUAGUCCAGAAGUCCUAAAGUUUUGAAUUUAGUUACAUGGUCUUUUUGAAUAUAAAUAUCAUGGACUUCCUUUGACAGUAUUGCAAGCAGAUCAUACUUAAAUGGUUGUGACCAAUUGUUUUUCAGUAAAGUCCUUACAAUUCUUGUCAGGUUUAUGAAAUUAAAAUGAAAGAGAUCCUUGCUGUGUUGUAAUUAAUUGUCUGUGAUUGAUUGUAUGAAUUUCCCUACAUGUCAUAGUUACUGGGAAUUAUGAAAACCUUUCAUCUGUGCCAAAGCUCUGGGCUCCUGGUGAAAGAUAUUAGUAGUAUUAUGCUUUGAUGUAUGUUUGCAAA